GGGAGAUGGAAAUUAAAUAUCACGUGAUAUGUCCUUUUCACCCAGAACCAUUGGAUCGCUACAUGAUUCAUCAAAGCUUUGCGAAGAGAUUACUCAUCCAUCUUCUCCAAAUCUCCCAGUCUCCCAAUCUCCCGUCCUCCAAAUUGCUCCACUUUCUCCUAUCAAAGUUCAAACCCCUCGAACCCCCUUCAUCUCCAAAAUAAAACUCCACAGUCGGACCAUCUUUGGUUCCUGUUCUUGAUUUUAUGGUUAUAUCGACCUUGUGCUUAUGGAGAAUCAUUCUCGAAAUCUUGCCGUCGUCAACUCAAACUUGAUACACACGUAUUGCCACACCUGAAUCGCUAUAUAUAUAUAUGGCAACACACAUAUAGUCAUCAUCCAAUCCCAUCAGCAUCAGUGUGAGUUUCGGUAAUGUCUCACAGCAUAAUUCCGUGCACUUGGCGAUCCACCAAAUUCGUAAACCACCUUUCCUCCCAAGAUCUCGGCAUCCCCUGACGACUUGGCAGCGGCAUAGUCAGAAAUGAAAACGUCUCCAAGGUGAAUUUGGAUAGGGACAAGAUGCUAGUGCAAAUCAAUCCAAUUGAGGCUAUGCUCAGUAUGCUGUCUUUGACCUUGGCAUUUGACUAUACCCAAAGAUAACAUAGUGAACGAUCGGAAAACAUCCCAUACCGAUUUCAAUCUUCAUCUGAUCUCGUAGGUCUUCUUCUACACACUCACGCAUCAUAUUCACAUUCACUCUUUUGCUCCUCUGCUCCUCUGCUCAGCCGCUGUCAUAGAAAUCAGUCACUCCUUUAUUCUAGAUUUCAAACGUCAAACUUUACCGUUUCCUAUUUAUACUUUCAUGUACAUGUUAUAUUCUGCUAUUUUCACAUCAUGAAGCUCGAUUCUUCUUUAAUCUAUGCGGCAAGCCUCUACGCUCUUGCUGGCCAUGGCGUGGAGGGUGCCAUCACGCUUGAUAUCACAUCUCCAGACUCGAUCAAAACCGCAGCAAGUAAUAUAGCAUAUGAUCUCAUGUCAUAUUACACCGGAAACAAUACUGGAGAUGUGCCAGGCAAUUUACCAUCGCCAUAUUAUUGGUGGGAGGCGGGCGCUAUGUUCGGAACCAUGGUUAAUUAUUGGUACUACACGAACGAUACAACCUACAACGACAGUGUCCAGCAAGCACUACUACAUCAAGCCGGAGACGACGGUGACUAUAUGCCUCUAAACCAAACAAAAACAGAAGGAAACGAUGAUCAAGGAUUUUGGGGAAUGGCAGCGAUGACGGCGGCGGAAACCAAAUUUCAAGAUCCUCCAGAUCCAAGUCCGGGAUGGCUGGCACUUGCACAAGGAGUCUUCAACACUCAAAUCGCACGAUGGGAUAAUUCGACAUGUAACGGUGGAUUUCGAUGGCAAAUUUUUACUUUCAACAAUGGUUACAACUAUAAGAAUAGUAUUUCAAACGGAUGCGUCUUUAAUUUGGCAGCGCGACUCGCUUUAUACACAGGAGAUAGCACUUAUGCGGAUUGGGCGGAUAAAAUUUUCGAUUGGGUGUACGGAGUAGGACUCAUUUCGGCAGAUUUUGAUGUAUAUGAUGGAACCCAGAAUUCCGACAACUGCACAGAUAAAGAUCACAAUCGUUGGACCUACAAUACUGGAAUUUACCUGCUUGGAAGUGCUGCCAUGUACAACCAUACGAACGGAAGCGCUAUCUGGAAAGAACGUGUCACCGGCCUUCUCAACUCAUCAACAGACUUUUUCCAAAAUGGAAUUAUGGUUGAAGCGUGCGAAAGCGGAACUUGCAAUAACGAUCAACAAUCAUUUAAAUGUUAUUUUGGACGGUGGUUAGCUGCAACUGCUAAGCUUGCGCCUUUUACCUACGAUACUAUCAUGCCUUUGCUAUCUACAACCGCAACAGCAGCAGUAAAAACGUGUACGGCUGGAAAACGAGGCAAUUCGUGUGGAUUGAAAUGGACCACCGGAGAACACGAUGGAAUUACUGGCGUAGGAGAACAAAUGUCAGCAUUGGAAGCCGUCCAAGGUUUAUUAUUACCCCAAACCAGAGAUUGGGUUAGUGAGGUAGCAGGAACCGGUACCAGUGAGGGUGACGCAGAUGCAGGAACCGACUCGCGAAUGAGUACUGAUGGAAGCGAGAUUACACCCGUCACCACGGCCGACAAAGUUGGAGCUACGAUAUUUACUAUGCUGAUUGUUGCGGGUGUCAUUGGUGGAAGCGCAUUUCUGUGCGUCGAGUGGUUUUGAAAUCCGUUGGAGGAAAUCUACUAUGUUUAUUCCUGCAUGUGAGCAUACCACUAAAAAAGCCAUUAAUCUCGUGGCAUCGGCUGGGGUUGGGCAUAUUAUCGGCGUUUUGUAUCGGGAUAAUCGUUCAAGAGGAAAGGGAUAGCGUUGGGAAGUAAGGCGUUAAACCCAUAGGCCUGCAUAGACAACUUUUGCUAUGAAACCGGCCGGUUUCUUUUGUACUUUAUUCAAUUCGUCUUCAGGACACCCUUUUUUUCGAAGCUAUCAACCUGUCUUAAGGUAUCUUUGGGGCGCCAAUAUCAGUAGAAACAACUUGCAGAUGAGCAGUUCCCAGGUACUUGAGGUUGAAUUUUUAUUAUGGGCAGAGAAUAGAAUAUCAAUCACUUGAAACCAUGUGUGUUCACGGGGGGUGUCAAGAACUGGCCUUGGUGUUAGAUGACUUCUGGAGUGCCUCUGAUUUCCUCAUCAUCUCACAAACUACCUAGGUACACAUCCCAACUGGUCUCUAGAAAAGAACUACAAAUUAUUCAACAUCAAGCAUGCAUUUGUCAUAGCCGAUGUCAUAUUUAGAGUGAGCACUGCUCUUUAUGGCGCAACGCCUAAAUUUGGAUUUGGA